AUGUCUCUGACCGUAAAGGAACGAAUCGACGUGGUUCUUUUUGCUGGAAAUCAACUAAGCUAUCGUGAAAUAGCUGACGAAUUUAACAGACUGCAUCCAGAUCGUAAGCCAAUUUCCAGUGCAACUGUUGGCAAUCUCCUCGCUAGAUUUAAGAAAACCGGUGCCGUCUACAAUAAAAAACAAUUGGUACCGGAGAACAAGUGUUAUAAUGAAGUUCCUCUUCUUGAAAGAUUCAGCGGAUCUCUCAGGAAUUCCGAAGAACAAACUGUCAAUGGUUUGACCGACUCGAAAAGGCUGUAUCGUCUGAUACGAACUCAAAAAGGGCAUCACUGUGUUCUUCUCAAAGUCGACGAGAACAUGGUGGACAAGUUAGUGGACGUGCUGGUACACUUCGAACUAAACUGUUCAUUCUUUUUUUUUGACGGACUCAACAAGUUCUGUUUAGGUCCACAAUCGUCAUCUUUGUUCACUGUUGCCAAGCAAGAUCCUGAAGAGGUACCAUUCUUCAAAGCAAUUUCUGCUGCAGAUUUGCUGGGAACCUUCGAGAAAGGCCGGUCUUCUGCUGGCCUGGUUACCUCAAAGGAGCAAAAUCCGUUGAAAAAGAGAUCCCAAAAAAAUUUACAAUCCGUACCAUUUAACUGGAUUCCCGAAAGUAGCUUUGAUGAUACGGAUUCUCAAUCGGGCCUUCCUGCAAUUCAUGAAGAACAAUGCAAGAAGGGCUACGUGAACUGUCAUCUUUGUAAGAAUAUGAUCUUGGCGUCGAGGUUCUCCAAUCUCUCACGUCAUGCUCGUAGACAUGCAGUAGUAAAGAAGUACGAGUGUGCACACUGUGAUGUUCAGCAUAAUGAGCAUUUUAAGGCACAGGUUGGUUCUCACUCAUCUAACUGUCGUACUGAAUUAGACCCUACUACGAGCAUCACAAAUGAGGGCCUGACACCAAGUUUCCACGAAGAAACAUCGUCAUGUUUAGAACAAAAUAUUUCGGCGGAUGUUAAAUCCGAAAGCUGGGUAGCGGGGAAUCGUAUGCAGUCGUCAUCAAAAGCAGCCUACAAUUAUGAUGGACAUAUGUCACCUGACCAAGUUUCAGAGGUCAUGGCAGAUGACGAGGAUUGCAGUGACUCGGAUCCAGUGCUAUGUCAUCUUUGCUAUCAACCUUUUGUGUUGGCCAAUCUGACAAAUGUAGCUGAGCACGCGAAAGAGCACUAUUAUGUCAAGCAGUUCGAAUGCGAGCUUUGUGGUUUUGCUAACAACAGACGACUUCAAGUUAGAAGUCAUGCAUUUCAUCAGCAUCUGUACCAACGCCCUCGUAUAAUAGAGCACAAUGACGAGAAUAUGAAGAAAGCAUGGACACAGGUUGCCCGAAUAUGCUUUCCUAGUCUUCCUAGACGAUUAAUGAAGGAGAAGAUGAAAUAUUUACGAUCUCAUCCAACUUCUGAAGUUGUGUUUGAAACAGCACCAUCUAAUGUCUCCAAGAGUGGAUGUUGA